AUGGAGAGGUUGGAGAUGGAGAAAAGGCUUCUUGAUGCUGCCUUAGAAGGCGAUGAAAAGACUCUAUAUGAGUUGCUUAAAGAAGACAAACUGGUGCUUCAUAGAGUUUCUCCUUCGUCCCAAUUUCAAUCCUAUACAAAUAGCGAUAAUUCGAGGGCAUCAAAGAUUUGUCAAAAAUGGUCGUCCCUUCACUUGGCAUCAGUUAGAGGUCAUCCGAGAAUUGUUGAAGCAUUGGUAAAUGCUAAUCCUGAUAUGUGUUUCGAUUGUGAUCAAGAUGGAAGGAACCCUCUUCAUGUUGCUGCCAUGAAAGGCAAAGUUGGAGUGUUGGAACUGUUGGUUCAUGCAAGGCCUUUUGCAGCUCGGGAAAAGACUAAACGUGGGGAGACCAUCUUGCAUUUGUGUGUGAAGUAUCAUCAGUUCGAAGCACUGAAGAAGGUGGUGGAGGCCGUGGAUGAUGAUGAAUUCUUGAAUCAAAAAGAUGGUGAAGGCCUUACCAUAUUGCAUUUGGCUGUUAUUGGCAAGCAAAUUGUGAGAAAACCUACCAAACAUAGGGAGACUAUUUUGCAUGUGUGUGUGAAGUAUAAUCAGUUAGAUGCUCUGAAGAAGCUGGUGGAAAUUGUGGAUGAUGAUGAGUUCUUGAAUCGGAAGGAUGGUGAUGGCCUCAGCAUACUGCAUGUGGCUUUUAUUUCCAAGCAAAUUCAGGAAGGGAUUGGCGAGAAAAAGCAAAAUGAAGGCAUUAGUCGGACACGGCUUUCUUGUAGACUUGUACAGCGUGAAAAAUAA